UUCCUCUGGACGUUCCCGAAGAUGCUCUUCCUCUUCAUCCUCCUCAUCUUCCUCCUCAUCUUCCUCAUCCUCAUCAUCUAGUUCCCGAAGUCGGUCCCGCUCUCCAUCUCCUCGCCGGAGAAGUGACAGGAGGCGGCGGUACAGUUCUUAUCGUUCACACGACCAUUACCAAAGGCAGAGAGUCCUGCAGAAGGAGCGUGCAAUAGAAGAGAGAAGAGUGGUCUUCAUUGGGAAGAUACCUGGUCGCAUGACUAGGUCAGAGCUGAAACAGAGGUUCUCUGUUUUCGGAGAGAUUGAGGAGUGCACCAUCCACUUCCGUGUGCAAGGUGACAACUAUGGCUUCGUCACUUAUCGCUAUGCCGAGGAGGCAUUUGCAGCCAUCGAGAGUGGCCACAAGCUGAGGCAAGCAGAUGAACAGCCCUUUGAUCUCUGCUUUGGGGGCCGCAGACAGUUCUGCAAGAGAAGCUAUUCUGAUCUUGACUCCAACCGGGAAGACUUUGACCCUGCUCCUGUAAAGAGCAAAUUUGAUUCUCUUGACUUUGACACAUUGUUGAAACAGGCCCAGAAGAACCUCAGGAGGUAACCCUGGGCCCUUCUCCCCCACCCCCUUUUCAUUGGAGGUGCCCAACCUCCUCCAUUCCCUCCCCCAGUCUAGGGGAGACAGCUGCUAGUGAGGAGAUGACUGUUUUAUAAAGAAAUGGAAAAAAGUGAAAUAAAAAUGUGUUAAAUCAGAUUUUUUUAAAGUGGUAUUUGUUUUUUAUAAUAGGCAUUGAAACACAUUAACUUGCAUUCCUAUGUAAGAUGGAUGGGGUUGAGGUAACCCUGGG